CAAAAGAAAAUAACAUAACAGUUUACAGUGUCAUCAAUAUAUAUUGAAGUUAAGAAGAAGAAGAAAACAUUUCAAGUGUCAUUUAUAAAAAUAACGUUAAGUGUCAUAACUGUCCACCAUCUGAUGAAAGCUAUCAUUUGAGAAAUUUGUACGUGAAAAAGGCGGGAAAAUUCAAGGCAACUGUUCAAUUGCGGCGUGUUUAAAUUUGCAAAACUGCAGUCAGUGAAAGCGGCAAAAAUUAAUUGCAACGCGAAAAAAAACUCUAAGGAAUUAAAAAGGGAAAGUUACAACAACUACUGCUGCAGUAACACCAAAUAACAAGAACAACAACAACAACACCAGCAAAGCAAAAACCAAAACAGGAACAGGAACAGCAAAAAUGUCCGACUGGGGUGAUAAUGAUACGGAGGUUAUUGAAGGCAAAGGCUUUACCUCCAAUGACAAAUACAAGACCAAUGAUGACUAUCAGAACGAAGAUGACAAUAAUAACAACAAUGAUGGUGGCGAUAAUAAUGAUGAUCGCGGCGGUUACAAUAAUAAUCGGCGUAAUGGUUUUGGUGGUCGAGGCCGUAAUGGUGGCGGAGGUCGUGGAGGAGGCGGUCGCAACUUUGGAAAUCGCAACAAUGAUGAUAAUAACGAUGAAAACGGCGAGUACAAUGGCGAACGUCGUGGUUUCGGUGGCGGACGUGGACGCGGUCGUGGCGAUCGUGAUGGCGGUGGUCGUCGAGAAUUUAACAACAACAAAGGUGAAAACGAAUUUGGUGACAAGGAAGAAGGCGGCGAGCCCCAGAAGCCACGUGAAUUCUAUAUACCUCCAGAACCCACCGACAAUGAGGAAGAAAUUUUUGGCAGUGGUAUAACCAGUGGCAUUAAUUUCUCCAAAUAUGACAGUAUACCAGUGCAGGUAACUGGUGAAAAUGCACCUCCAGCCAUACAAAGUUUCGAAGAGGCCGCCUUUCGUGAAUUGGUCUUGAAUAAUGUCAAACGCUCGGGCUAUAAACUGCCAACACCCAUUCAAAAGACAGCCAUUCCAGUGAUAUCCUCGGGGCGCGAUUUAAUGGCCUGCGCCCAAACUGGAUCCGGCAAAACUGCAGCAUUCCUUUUGCCCAUUAUCAAUUCCCUGUUGAAUGAGGGCUGUGAAACGUCGAUCGGCAAACCACAGGCAUUGAUUGUCUCACCCACCCGUGAAUUGGCCAUACAAAUAUACAAUGAAGCACGCAAAUUCUCCAUGGACUCUUAUAUCAAUACACAAAUUGUCUAUGGCGGUACGUCGUCCAAGCAUCAGGGUGAAAAGAUCGGUCGUGGUGGCACUCACAUUCUAAUUGCCACUCCGGGACGUCUAUUGGAUUUUGUGGAAAAGGGUUUCAUCACCUUCGAAGAGACACGUUUUGUGGUGCUCGAUGAGGCGGAUCGUAUGUUGGAUAUGGGUUUCAAGGAGAGUGUUGCCACCAUCAUGAAUCAUCCCACAAUGCGUAGCAUGGAUCAGCGGCAGAAUCUUAUGUUUUCGGCCACCUUCCCGGCCGAGAUACAGCGAAUGGCAGGGGAAUAUUUGAAUGAAUAUAUUUUCAUUGCCAUUGGUGUGGUCGGUGGGGCCUGUUCCGAUGUCACACAAAACGUUUACGAGGUGAAGAAAUACCAGAAACGUGCCAAAUUGAUGGAACUCUUGCAAGAAAAUCCCAAUGGUACCAUUGUCUUUGUGGAAACAAAACGUGGUGCCGAUUUCUUGGCCUCACUGCUGUCGGAAACGGAAUUCCCCACUACCUCCAUUCACGGUGAUCGUUUGCAGCGUCAGCGGGAAGAAGCUUUGGCCGAUUUUAAAUCGGGUAAAAUGAAGGUAUUAAUUGCCACCUCUGUAGCGGCUCGAGGUCUUGACAUUAAAAAUGUCAAUCAUGUUGUGAACUAUGAUCUGCCCACAUCCAUUGAUGAAUAUGUCCAUCGUAUUGGACGCACGGGGCGUGUGGGCAAUAAUGGUCGUGCCACCAGCUUCUUUGACCCGGAAAAUGAUACAGCCAUUGCUGGUGAUUUGGUUAAGAUCUUGGAAGGAGCCGGCCAAGAAGUACCUGAUUUCUUGCAGAACUUUAGCAGUGGAGGUGGUGGCGGCGAUUAUGGUAAUGGCAGCCGUUUCGGUGGACGGGAUGUGCGCAAAAAUGUGCCACAGAACGACGACAACUUUGUUACCUCAUCUGGGCCAGCUGCCCUGGAAGAAGAAGAAGAAUGGAAUUAAUCAAACACAAUGCAAAACUAUAACAAACCACUCCAUCUCUCUAUUUUUGCAUAUCAUGCUGCUGAACUGGUUUCAGAAAAAAAAAAACUACACCAUACAUGUCCACAACACCCCCACCCACAUAACUGAAUCUGAAUUGACAUAUUUUCGUUUCCACUGAACUUAUCAACCAUUUGAUUUUACUACCCAUUAUUUUAAACACACCAAGUUCCUUCGUAUUAUAUAAGCGACUUGUGGUUUUCUUUCGUAUCGUACAAUUGCAUAGAAAUUAGUAGUUUUUCUUUUUUUAAUUAUUAAUUUUACUGUGUAAAAAUUAUCGUCAUUUCACCAACUUAAAACUAAAGAUGAAAAUUGCCAACAAAUUAUAUUUUAAUUAAUCUUCUGUCUAUCUAUUAUAACAAACAAUGUAUUUGAAUUUACAUUAGUUUAUUAUAUAAACAAAAUACAUUUUAUAAAUUUUUAUAAAGCAAAA